GCGGACGGGAGGAUGGUGGCGGGCGCGUUCCCGCUGGCCAAGCUGCUGACGCUGGGCGCGCGCCAGCUCAGCCGCCCCCUGGCCGCGCGCAUCAAGGCGGGGGCGCGCGCGUCGCCCUUCUUCCGCACGUACAUCUGCCUGCCCCCCGCGCAGCUUUACCACUGGGUGGAGAUGCGGACCAAGAUGCGGCUCCUGGGUUUCCGGGGCGCCUCGGUGAAGCCCCUGAACGAGGAGGCGGCGGCCGAGCUGGGGGCGGAGCUGCUGGGGGAGGCGCUCGUGUUCGGCGUGGGCGGGCUCUGCCUCUACCUGGAGUACCUGCGGCAGGCGGGGCAGGGCCGGCGGCGCGAGGAGCACCUGGACCGCGCCCUGGCCGAGCUGCGCGGGCGCCUGGACGAGCUGGGCAGGGACCUGGAGGCGCUGCGGGGGCGGGGCGGGGCGGGACACGCCCAGGGAGGGGCGGGGCACGAGGAGGGAAGCUCAGGACACGCCCAGGGAGGGGCGGGGCAUAACCAGUGUGGACACGCCCAGGAAACCUCAGGCCACGCCCAGAACAGGGUUGGACACGCCCAUGAAAGCUCAGGCCACGCCCAGGGUGGAGCUGGACACGCCCAGGGAAGCUCAGGCCACGCCCAGGGUGGAGCUGGACACGCCCAGGGAAGCUCAGGCCACGCCCCCACCAAAGCUGUGAAUGGCGCUGCUGGAUGUGGACACGCCCCCACCGGAUCUGGACACGCCCCUACUGGGACAGGCCACGCCCUUGCUGGGACAGGCCACGCCCCCGCGGGACUUCAGGCCACGCCCCCCCACAUUAAACCUGCUCUGUGUGUUCCGUUCUGUGCCUUUAAGGGGCGGGGCAAAUGCGGAGGGUGGGCGUGGCCUGUUUGGGUGCGGUCGUUUUGCGGUGGGCGUGGCCAACGCGAUGGGGCGGGGCCAGCCGAGGAGGAGCACCGUGAUUGGUGGGCGGGUGCUGAUGGCUCUGUGGAGUGGGCGUGGCUUCCCCUCAGGGGCUGGGGGUGUGGCCAUUCAAGCUCCGCCCCCAGACCCGCAAAAAAUUUACAUUUUAUUUAAAUUUUCCUGUAAAAAAAACGUUUAUUGGUGCAAAUAAAGUGAAAAACCCAAAA